AUGGAUGGCUGCGGCUUUCUGCUUCUGGUGAUUCUGCGUCGACGCUUUGUUUGUGCAUUGUUAAUGGUUUGGCUCGAUGCCGUUGAGUAUGAUUCGGUGUGGAGAGCCUCCACAUGUUCUGGCCGGGUUACCGCGUUGCCUUCCGAGACACCGCAGAAGGCGGGGCUCGUUGGGCACGGCAACGAUUCCGGUUGGAAGGUGAAACUAACCUCGAACGCUGAAGUUUCGUUCUCUGGUUCAUCGGUUACCACACCCGCUUCCAACGGAGGGUUGUCGUCGGAGUGUAGUAUGCCUGAGGAAGGGGUUGUUGGCCAAGACGUUUCCAUUGGUUCGUCGAGUAUGGGUUCUGUUCCCGAGUCGGGAUCGUCCAUUCUGAAACCAAGACAAUGA